AUGAACUAUGGAGCUGGACCAUCACACCUACCAUCUUCUUCUUCUUCUUCUUCUGAUGACGAAACAUUUUCUCAUUACGUUGAACAAUGGGAGGAGGAUAUGAAACAAUGGGAGGAGGAGGAUGAAAUCUUAGCUCGUCUAUAUGUCGCUAACAAUAAAAUAAUGGCUUAUUUCUCUAAAGAGGAAGAGAGGCCAAAACGUAUCGGCUCAGUUCCUGGUCAUUUGGUAAUCAACCGUGGGAGGGAAGAAGAAGAUUCCGAAUGCAAAGGAGUCUUUUCCUUCGUCCGAAUGCAAAGGAGCCUUUUCCUUCGUAUCGUCGACGCUGUACGAGAGCACGAUAACUAUUUCGUACAGAAGGUGGAUGGUGUCGGUCGGCUUGGACUAUCUACUUUACAAAAAGUAACAGCAGCAUUUCGCAUGUUGGCAUAUGGUGCACCAGCAGAUAGUACCGACGAAUAUGUAAGGAUUGGUGAGUCAACUGUAAUUGAAUGUUUGAAGAAAUUUUGCAGAGCAAUUGUAGAAGUGUAUGGAGAUGAAUAUCUUAGAUCCCCCAAUACCGACGAUGUUGCAAGACUGUUACAAAAAGGUGAAGAACGGGGUUUCCCAGGAAUGUUGGGAAGUCUAGACUGUAUGCAUUGGGAAUGGAAAAACUGUCCAACAGCAUGGGCGGGACAAUACUCAGGACGUCACGGAGGCCCAACCAUUAUUCUUGAGGCAGUAGCAUCGUAUGACCUAUGGAUAUGGCAUGCAUUCUUUGGCUUGCCAGGUUCUAAUAACGAUAUUAAUGUAUUACAAUCAUCUAAUUUGUUUGACAACCUAACGCAAGGUAUUACUCCUCCUGCUCAUUAUACAAUUCAAGGAAAGAAUUAUGAUGUUGGUUAUUAUUUAGCCGAUGGCAUAUACCCGAAAUGGCCAACCCUUGUUCAAACCAUUUCCAAAUCCGAAGAUAAAAAGAAACAAUAUUUUGCAAUGAUGCAAGAAGCUUGUCGAAAAGAUGUGGAGCGAGCGUUUGGUGUUCUCCAGUCAAGAUUUGCUAUAAUCAAGGGACCUGCACGGUUUUGGGAUAAACGAACUUUGCAUGAUAUCAUGACCACUUGCAUAAUAAUGCACAACAUGAUUAUUGAGGAUGAACGUGAUGAGCAAGAAGAUAUUAUCGUUUCUACUCCACCAUCAAUUUCAAAUGUUAAAGACAUAGGGACGAACGAUGCCGAACGGUUCCGACAAUUCCUGACCCGACAUAAGAAAUUCAAAGACAAAGAAGCACACUUCGCACUUCGAAAUGCAUUAAUUGAACAUUUGUGGGAGAGACACGGCAAUGAAGUGAUGUAA